GAUCGUUCCACGGCAAUUUCGUCAUUUCUCGACGGCGCACAGUCCGCGGCAGCACACGGAUCCCGACGGGAUAUACUCGACGACACAGGCGGUCCACUGGUGAAAAUUCGGAAUUUUACCAGCGCUCCCGCUGCGGCUUUUAACAACAACGCCGGUGGCAGCACUGUGCGAUCGCUAAUUUGCGUUGAACGACACGUAUUUCGGUACGUUCCCGUGAACUGCGUAAAUCACGCGUAUAUCCCGCGCGGCGACCACGAGCGACGGCUCGGGAAGGUGGACGAGGACCGUGGAGGAAGACCGAGGGCCAAUUUUGUCACAGAGGAAGGUAAUCAGCAGACACGCAAUCGGUUCGCAUACCCUGGCUAUGAAAAUGAAGAUCCCAAACGGCGGGCCUGGAAAUGGGACCUAUUACGGGCAGGAGACGGGCAUCACCUCCUACGUGGUGGACAACAACAGCGACACGGAGGCGGACGUGCAGGCGAUAGGCGACAGUGACUUCUCGGAGUACCUGUGGAUGGAGAACGAGGAGGAGUUUGACAAGCAGGUGCUUCAACAACUGGAGGAGGAAGAAUUGAUGGAGGAGUGUCUAGAAGCGAUGCUGGAGGAGGAGAGACAACAUCAGAGAAACAUGAGCUCCACUGCUUGGUCCACGGCUACUGGCACCCCCGACAGUAACGCCGCUGAACUCUGUCAACAGCUGAGCAGUCUGAGGAUGCAGGACGAUCUCGCCAAGCAGAGCACGCUAAAUCCAGAUGCAGCUGAAUUUAUUCCGGCGUGCAAAUCGACUGUGGUAUCACCUGUAAGUACAUCAUCAGAAACCACAGUCACCACAGAACCAUCGUAGAAAUCUUCGGUGUCUCUUUCACUCUUGUCCGUUCUCCGUUUAAGUCACGUAGAAAAUCGGGCUACACGUAAUGGUUAGAGUUUACUAUUUCCAAUUCCGACAGUCGUAUCACGCGGAUCAUCGUGUUUAGAUGUUCAAUGACUGUGACUGUAGGUACAAAGGUAAAGAGAGGGAUAAAGAGCGCGAGUUGUGCGUAAUUAAUAAUAGCGUGUCAUCCGAAAACGUCAGUUAUAACACACACAAUCGAGAUGGAUCGAUGGACGCGGUACCCCGAAAUUUUUUAUAGACGAGAAACGGAACGCGAUAUCGCACGGGAUAAUUAUGUCUUUUGUUUUUUUAAAUCGAAGCAUCAAGGAACAAUCGUGUUUGCAAAUCGUUAAAAAAGAAAUCUACAAUUUGUAUCUCAUUUUCGAUCGCCAUCUACAACAUCAAGGACUGUUUCUCGCAGAGGCAAAUAUUUUUAGCAUUUUCAAUCUUUGUAUAAUUUGUAUAAAUUGAAAUCAUUGUACGUCUACGGAAAUAACCCCCCCCCCCCCUGCACUGUUCACGUUGAACUGAACGGAGGGAACAGAAUGCACUGGUUUAGGAGGAGGACUUUCAUAAGUUUAUGAAAUAUGUAUAUGAGCAGGAAUAUAGAUAUGCAUAUAUAUUA